CUCCCCUUUUUCUCUAAAGCUAUUCUUUCGGAAGUUGCCGGUGCUGGAAUUGUCUAUAACAGUUUCAGACAGAGGACCAGAGCUACUACAGCCUUGUGGACUGCUUUGAGAUAUAUUUCUAGUAAGCCAUCACUAGGGUGGGGUGUUAAUUGUCCAAGCUUGGAAGAAUUAGGUCUUACUCCAUUUCGGCUAGUUGGGCCUCUAGAAAUCACUCGUUCCCCAUUUAUUGUGAAUUCAUAUCUAGAUGAUACCAAAGACCCUAUCCGUGAUAAACUCAUCAGUAGAAGGAGGAAAUCGAGAAACGCAUACAUAUAUAAUAUACCAGAAGAUCCGUGUCAGGAAUUUUAUGAAAGGUUUACAGAUAGAAAAUCAUCACCUGAUGUUCUGCAAUACUAUUUGGAGUUGUCUUGGCAUCACUGUCCACAAACCACCCUCAAACACAUUUGCCUAUUGAGGAGAACUAGUCAUUAUAGAAAACGAUGCAGAGAGAAUUUCUAUAUAGCAGCUAUAUGGCUCCACCGGCACCAUUCGUUAACAUUAGCAUACAAUUUGAAGGCAUUUGCUGAAUGUGGGUGUUUGAAAGACUUGCUCGAAAUUCUCUACCGGAUUGUCAAUGGCUCGCAAGUUCGGCACAACCAAAUUAUGGAGAGGAAUAGAGCUAUGAUAGAGCGACGAGAGCGGUUGAGGGGAAAUGGAGGGAAGAAUGAAGUAAUGCUGGAAAGGAAUGUGACACAUGUGAGAAAGGAGGACAAAAUUAUGAUUGCAAAAAAGGCUAUUGAGAGGUACAACUACGAUCCAAAAUACCGUUUAUUACACAUUCAGAUUUCUAGACUUUUUGUUGAGCUACUUAAGGCCGAUCUUGAGUAUUUGAUUUCCGGGCAACUAGCAAAAAUCAGUUUGGCUUCGAAGUGGUGCCCUUCUCUUGACUCUUCUUACGAUCGUUCAACUUUAUUUUGUGAGAGUGUUGCUCGAAGGCUUUUUCCGUAUGAUUCUUGUCCUGAAUAUAGCGGGAUUGAUGAGGCUCACUAUGCUUAUAGAGUUCGAGAUCGAUUACGGAAAGAGGUUUUGGUUCCACUUCGCAGAGCCUUGGGGUUGGUAGAAAUUUACACGAGCAGCAAUCAAUGGAACCUUAUUCAAUAUGAUCGAGUCACACCUCAUGCCAUGAAAAUUUACAGGAGACUAUUCUAUAAACACGAUCGCAAUAGGUUUUUGCAGCACUUCCAAAAUGUGUUGCACCUUCAAAGUGUUGAAGGCCCUAAAAUGCCAAAAACCACUGCCAAAGAAUUGCUUCCUUAUGAGAUAGUAAGCCUCUUUGAUCAUUUUUUUGAUUCUAAAUUAUGUCUCUCUGAUUAUGAUGGCGGUCAUGAAGUUGCUGGGCUACAAUGGAAAAGAAUGAUAGAUAAUUACUCUAGCAAAAAGAAGUUUGUAAACUGCAUUACAAUCGUUGAUGAUAAUUAUGUAUAUCGUGCAAGUUAUUUUUGUAAUGAAAGAUUUUGCCUCGCGUUUCAACUUAUGACAUCUGAACUCUGUGGAAGCCCGUGGCGGGGAAAGGUCUUGACAUACACUGUUAAUCCUGAGUUUGUGGACAUUAAAGGAGAUGAUCUUGGAUCAAGGAUACAUUUUUUGAGAUUUAUGCCUUUCUAUGAAUCCUCACAACCCUCAAAAAAGUGUGAAUACCCGAAGCUCGUACAAUUCUUGGAUAAAAUUUUGGAAACUGCAAAAGAUUUGAAAUUGAGUAAGGAGAAUAUGAUUGAAAGGGUUUUCAUCUUUGAUAGUUGUGUUAUAAGAGGUCGUAAUCCUUCUGAGUAUUUUGACGAUUGGGAGAAGAGUUAUAGGACAAUACGUGAAAAGUAUGAAAGGAAUGGAUAUGUGUUGCCAAAGAUUGUGCGCUGGGAUUUGUGUUACAAUGAUCUGGCGGUGAGCGUUGUUGGGAAUGGGAUCUUAGAAGUAGUAUUGUCAUCAGAGGCACAUUUUAGAAUUUUCUUGGAGAGUGAUGGGAUCUUAGAUCCAACGGUUGAGGAUGAGCCGAAGAAGAGCAAGAUAUGGAAGGAAGACUACCCAAAACUUGCGGUGUGUGAUUAAUUUUUGUCAAUCAAGUGACACCAGUGCGUGAUUUUUUUUCUUUUUUCUUCUUCUUUUUAUAUUCUUUUACAAAGAUGGCAUGUGUUAUUUUAUUAUAAGUGCUGAGACAAUUUAGAACAUGAAGUUAUUUGUCACUUAUGCUUACUAUGGAUAGCCUUAAGCCAUUUUUUAUACCUUAGUGAGCUUAGUGCAAAUAGGUAUAACCACUUGGACUGGUUAUAACUUCUUUAUCUUCAUUGUCUCCUCUUUUAGCUUCUUUCUUCUCUCGUUUCCCAUAAUUUUGCGUUGUGAUUCAUAUGAUUAUUGUUUGUCCUACAUAAUCAUAAAAUUUCUGAGCCGCAAUGGAAGAGAAUGGUAGAUGCCUUCUUUAAGCUAGGGAAAUUUGAAAAUAGAAUUUCAGUCUAUACUUUAUGGGGUUUUGGUAGGGGAGGAUCGUAGAAAAAGAUUUUUCCAUGUAUUUGCAUUGAUGGCUUUUGAACCUUGUGCAAUCCCAUGGAAGGGAAAAGUCCUGACAUACAGUGUUUAUCCUCAACCGUUGGAUCCAGGAUACACUGUUUGUAAUAAGAGACCCGAGCAUCUCGAAAUGCCCAUUUACAUUCAAUACAAUUCAUUAUUCUCAGCCCAUUCAACCCUUUUCAUUCUAUUCCAUUAUUCCAAUUCAUAAACACCAAAAAAGAAAAGAAAAUACAUGACAAUAUUGAAGGAGGUGAACUUGGAGCCAAGCCCCAAGGUAAGAAGUGUUUUGAGAAAUCCGCCAUCCUACCGACGGUUGCCCAAGAUUGAUACUUGUGCACCCCCGGGAUUAGUCGGAACGAAGCUCCUAAUACCCGGUGCCAAAUCAAAAAAAAAAAAAAAUUGUAAUUACUCGUUAAUUUUUUUCUU